UUUGCAGAUGUCAACGGUUGAGCCGCAAAUGCCGAGAGGCAAAGACCCUACCGAUUUCUCUCGCACUUUCAAAUACUUACUCGCUACGCAGUUCUUGUCAAGGGGAAUUCCAUUUGUAUUCAACUCAUGGAUCGUGAGGCAUCUUACAGAAGAGGACUACGCGCUUUAUGCGGUACAAUUCCAUCUUUUUGUCACCUGUAUUUUGUUUCUCAGUCGGGAGGGAUUCCGGCGAGCAUGCCUGCGGGCAGACAUUAAAAGCGAUGGCACUUCAGUGGAAGAAAACACAGUGAAGCUAAUGAAAGUUGCUUGGUUGACUCUCCCACUUGGAGUAUUUAUAACAGUAGUGGCAUGCUUUUUUGUUUUUUGGUGGCAAGAACUAAGUUAUUCUAAUCCAUAUGCACAGGCUAUUUUGAUUAAUGGUUGUGCUUGUGUAUUAGAGCUAUUGGCAGAGCCAUUGUAUAUCCUUUCUCAGAGCUUGCUUCUGCUUAAAUUGCGGUUGGUGGUUGAAACUGCAGCUACGCUUGCGCGUUGCUUAACAAUGUAUAUCCUCAUUGUCAAUCAAAUUGACACGGAGAAAGUGUUCGUAUUUGCAUUGUCACAAGCUGCAUAUGGAGCUUGCUUGUUCCUCGGCUAUUGGGGCUAUUAUCUUCUUUUUCGUGCAUUUAGAAGUUCUGAUCUGUUCCCCUUUAGAGCAGGAACUUUGAAGGAUUAUGAUAGUCAUCUGUCAAAGAUGUGUUUUCUGUUUACCCUUCAAUCCUUUCGGAAGUUGAUCCUUCAGGAAGGAGAAAAGGUGGUCCUUGUGUGGUUGGAUACACCAUAUAACCAAGCUGUAUAUGGACUUGUAGACAAACUAGGAAGCUUAGUGGUGAGGCUAGUGUUUCUUCCUUUUGAAGAAAGUUCAUACGCUACCUUUGCAAGGUCUGCGUCAGGACAAUAUCCAGAUAGAAGUAGGAAAUUGGGAAAUCGCCUUGCAGAGGCCCUGAAGUUAGUUAUGUUAAUUGGACUUGUAUUUAUGGCAUUUGGACCAAGUUACUCUUAUUCUCUCAUUAGAUUGUUGUAUGGUCGGAAAUGGAGUGAUGGAGAAGCAUCAACAGCCCUCCGGUAUUAUUGCCUUUAUAUAAUCUUCUUGGCUAUGAAUGGAACGUCCGAAGCAUUUCUACACGCAGUUGCAACCGAGAACCAACUCAAACGCUCAAAUGAUUCGUUGCUUGUUUUUUCGUUGAUUUAUAUAGUCCUGAAUGUUCUGCUGAUUCGUUCCGCUGGUGCAGUUGGCUUAAUAUUGGCAAAUUCUUUAAAUAUGAUUUUGAGGAUUUUAUACUCUAUGGUAUUCAUAAAGCGUUAUUUCCAGGAUUCUUCCUCAUUUUCCUUUUCCAGCUGCUUGCCUUCAGGAUGGACAGUUCUGUUGUUUUCAGGUGUAACCACUCUUAUUUCUGAGAAGAUAUUUUUGGAUCGUGAAAAUUUCUGGCCAACAUUUGCAAUUCAUUUUUCUAUUGGGUUGGCUUGCUUCUGUGUGUCAUCUUUUGUCAUCUAUCGCCGUGAGAGGCCUUUCAUCAACAAAAUUGUCCGUUUUCGUGAUCACUCGGACUGAAGAAUUGACAUUUUCCCAACAAAUAUUAUGCAAAAACUCGAGGGUGAGGGAGUUCAAGCCAAUUCCAGAACAUGUUUAUUAACGAACACCUCUGAAACUGGUUUCGAGUUUGCAAAGAGAAGCAAAUAUUGGAUACUAGAUAUGAGCAAGAGGGCUGUUCUAUUUAAAAGUUUUGGAGGCAUAUUACCCGACAGGAUUUUUUUUUUUUUUUUUUUUUUGUCGUGACAAAUUGAAAUCAGUUAGAUUCUAAGAACCGGACGCAGGAUAGGAAUAGUUUUACCAGGCUUCUGUAUUUUGAUGGUAGAGAAAAAAAUAUUUAUCCCUUAUGUUUUUGUUGUCUUCAAAGCGGCACCGUAUUGGCAGCGGUGUGUUUGGAAUAGCUUUACCCAAAUUUGAUUGAAUCCGAUCCGUCACAAACCCAUCCCAAUUAAUAGAUUA